AUCCCUCAUUUUUCAUAUUAAGAAAUUCAAAGAGGAAGAAAGGUGACAAAACAAAAGUUUUAUUAUUAAUAAAAUUUCACAUGAAAAAGUUAAAACACACAAAGUCUGGUGACUGAUUUUAUGAGCGACCUUAAGCUUAAGCACCGAUUAGUAAUUAACCCUUUAUUUGAAUUUCUUUCCACCGUGACAAGAAGAGCGAAUCGUUUACCUCCGUCUGAACAAGACAACUCACACCCAUGACCCAACUCUGCAUUUCGACGAUUCUUUAUUCUUCUUCUUCUUCUCCUCCUUCGAUUCGAACUCUCCAUUUGUAUUUUGUGGGCGAUUUCAGUGACAGCGGGCCGACGCAUCUCACUUGAGCUACUUUCCAAUUGGGCUCUCAACAACACCUCCUUCCAGUCAUAUCGGAGCAUCAACUCCGAGCUUCCGAAUCAACUCAGAACGAGCAAAAAAAUCCCAUUUUCUUCAUCCUCUUUACCCCUGUCUGGUUUGCGUUGAAAAUGAGUAAGAAAAUCAAGGUCAAAGAGGAUACACGCGCAGGAAUCGAAGUGGGUUUCACGUGAAUAAACAAGUAAGUUUGUCUCUCUUAUUCGUCUUCCUUUGAUUUGAUCGAAUUGGGAACCAAUGAGUUGAGGCAGCCAUGGAAAUUUGGGUAGCUUCUGAUUGAGGCUAUGCUUAAUGGCUAAGGUGAAUGGUUCAAAACCCAUGUGGGUUCUUUUGUCCUUAGUAGAAGUUGGAAUUGAUUCCUUGAUUGUAUGGGAAGGGAGAGGGUUUUAACUUUUUCCCCCAUUUGUAUCUCGUGCAACAAAAGGGGUAAGCUACAUAAGCAAUAAAUUGACUUUCUUCUCCGGGAACGGGUUCAAUGUGGUAGCAUCGUCCUUUAUAACGAUCAAAUUAUAGAAGGUAGCAUGGCCUGUUAAGGUUUCUGGUUCUGGGGAUGGAAAUAUCUAUGGCUGCACAAAUUAUAGAAGCUUGAUUAGGGUUUUCCUUUCCCACCACACGUUUCCUGAUUCAGAUGUGUCUGAGACGAAAGAGGGGAAAAGAAGGGUCUUUUAAGUGUUGUGGUUAAUGGGAAACUUGUAUCCCAUGUUUGACUAGCCACUUUUCCUGCUUGAAAGGAGGGCAGACGGUCUCUUAGGUGCCAGCUGCUUUACUUUUUUGGCAAAGAUCAUUUCUUUCAGUUCACAUGAUACCUGGUACCCAAGAAGCCAUUGAUUGGCUGGUGUUCUCCCCUCUUUUUCCCCCGUCCUGUGGCUUUCAGCUCGUGCCUUGUCAAUUUUCAGUCUCAAAAGUGGUCUUUUGGAUUGCUUGGCUCUGAAUAUACUACAAGUAGUAGUAGUUGAUCUUCCAAGCUUGUUAUAUGAUGCAGAAAUCUGCCCCUUGCUGUGCGUUCUGCAACAUUUCUUUGCUCCAGUGAAGUUGCAGCCAGGGUUAUGCUCCAGGAAGAAAAAACAAACACAAUAUGGCUUAUUCAAAUUCAAGAUCUGUGAGGUUUAAAGAUGAUCUUGAAUUGACAAAGCAUCCAACAACGAAUAUAGAUGGGACAGUCAAGCUUAAAUACAACAUAAAUGGGAUUCAUAUGUCGGAACCCAGUGCCAAGAGCUCUCAGAGAGAUGCAAGGAAUGGGAAAUCGCUGAAGGCCAAAGUUCUGUCUCGAGUUUUCUCGGAGGAUUACGAGAGAGUGAAGAGGAACAUAUUAGAUCCUCGAGGGUCAGCAGUUCGAAGAUGGUCUAAUAUCUUUUUGGUAGCAUGCUUAGUGUCUUUGUUUGUCGACCCUCUCUUCUUCUACUUGCCAAGAGUUAACAGGACUGCAUCCUGCAUAGACAUUGGGAGACCACUUGAAUUCACCCUUACAGCUCUUAGAACAGUAGCAGAUGUAUUUUACAUGGUCCAGAUUUUCAUACGGUUUCGGACAGCAUAUGUUGCACCUUCUUCUCGAGUUUUUGGGAGAGGGGAGCUUGUUAUUGAUCCUGAAAAGAUUGCCUCGAGGUACUUUAGAUGGAACUUCUGGCUUGACCUUAUUGCAGCCCUCCCUCUUCCUCAGGUACUUAUUUGGCUAAUCAUACCAAACCUUGCUGGUUCAACCAUGGCUAACACGAAAAACGUCCUCCGGUUCAUCAUCAUUUUCCAGUACAUUCCAAGACUUUACCUAAUUUUCCCACUCUCUUCUCAAAUCGUUAAAGCCAAUGGGUUUGUGACAGAAACAGCUUGGGCUGGAGCUGCUUAUAACCUGAUGCUUUACAUGCUGGCAAGCCAUGUUUUAGGAGCUUGCUGGUACCUUCUAUCAAUAGAAAGGCAAGAAUCAUGCUGGAUAAGUGCAUGCGACAAGGAGAAGCCAUAUUGCAGCUUCAAGUUCUUUGAUUGCCAGUCGGUUGGCAACUCUGCCAGGGACUCGUGGUUCAAGUCGACCAAUGCUUCGACUCUGUGCAAGCCGGAUAACGGGUUCUACCAGUUUGGGAUCUACGGCGAUGCAACAACUUUUGGUGUUUCAUCCACAUCAUUCUUUGACAAGUACUUCUAUUGCCUCUGGUGGGGCUUAAAGAACCUUAGCUCACUGGGGCAGAACCUUUCAACAAGCACAUAUGUAGGGGAAAUAACUUUUGCCAUCAUUGUUGCAACUCUUGGUCUGGUGCUCUUUGCUUUGCUCAUUGGGAAUAUGCAAACAUACCUGCAAUCUACAACAGUCAGACUAGAAGAAUGGAGGAUCAAAAGAACCGAUGCAGAACAAUGGAUGCACCACAGGCAGCUCCCUCCUGAGCUCAGGAACUCUGUCAGGAAAUACGAUCAGUACAAAUGGCUCGCCACCCGUGGAGUUGAUGAAGAAACCCUCCUCAAAGGCCUUCCCUUGGACCUCCGCAGAGACAUCAAACGCCACCUCUGCCUAGAUCUAGUCCGCCGCGUGCCACUGUUCGAUCAAAUGGACGAGAGGAUGCUGGACGCCAUAUGCGAGCGGCUGAAACCUGCUCUGUCAACAGAAGGCACGGUCCUGGUGCGAGAAGGAGACCUGGUGGACGAAAUGCUGUUCAUAAUCAGGGGCAAUUUGGACUCCCACACCACCAACGGCGGCCGGACGGGGUUCUUCAACACCUGCAAGAUCGGCCCGGGGGAAUUCUGCGGCGAGGAGCUCCUGACGUGGGCGCUCGACCCGCGCCCCAGCGUCCUGCUCCCGUCCUCCACCCGCACGGCGAAGGCCAUCUCCGAGGUCGAGGCGUUCGCCCUGCGGGCGGAGGAUCUGAAAUUCGUGGCGUCGCAGUUCAGGAGGUUGCACAGCAAGCAGCUGAGACACAAGUUCAGGUUCUAUUCGCACCAGUGGCGGUCGUGGGCGGCGUGUUUCGUCCAGGCGGCGUGGCGGCGGUACAGGAAGAGGAAGGAAUUGGCGGAGCUGAGAGCUAGGGAGGAAGGCAGGGAGGAUGAUGAUCGGCGGCGGGAUGAGGCUGCGGCGGCGGUGAAAAGGGGUGGUUUCGCGGCGGUGUACGCGGCGAAGAUGGCGACGAGCACGAGGAGAGGGGUGACGAUGAUGAAGCAUUCUUCUUCUACGGGGACAAGCGUCGUUAAUGUGAAUUCGUUGCAAAAGCCAUCAGAACCUGACUUUUCUGUGGUAGAGGAUUAAGAAUCAAGGGAGGUUUUUGUUCCCUGUUUUUUCAAUGUGUAUAGAUUACAGACUAUGUUAACUAUACAGAAUAUAGCAUUUUACCUUAUGCUUAUACAAAUCAAUUGAGUUUUACUCGAGUUAUUUCGAUACAACUUGUAUGUUAGUCGGGUUACGAUGAAUCAAAAUUGCGGAUAAAUCGAAUUCUGGGUUCAUCGCAUUUCGAGUUGUACGACUACUAGUUAUUAAUCUCUACAUUAGGUCGAAUUACGAAAUUAAUGGGUAUGAAACAGGCUUGCAAUUAGGGGUGUGCAAUGGUCCGGUCCGUACCGGACCACACCGGACCAAACCGUUGUUAAGACCAGACUUGACCAGACCGAGUAAAUAGCGGUCCGGUCCUUGGUCCUUGUGAAUUUUAUAAUUACUGAAGAAAUGGUGGACCGAGCUCAUAUUUGGACCAGACCGAACCGGACCAAAUGGACCAAAUGCAAGAAUGGUCUGAUCCUUGGUCCUAACAUGUCUUUCACUAAUGGACCGCGGUUCUCAUGAGUUUGGUCCGGUCCGGACCGAACCGAAACCGUUGCACACCCCUACUUGCAAUGCAACAUAUGGAUUAUAAAAACUAAUACGAUUCUAACAAAUUACAUAAUAAUAAUAAUAAUAAUAAUAAUAAUAAUAAUAAUAAUUCUCAUGGUUUGACGAAAUUAUCUGAAUAGUGCAAUUCACGUUUCAAACUAAAAUCCUAGAAGCUGACAUAAACUUGGUUUUUGAUAAUUAAGCUAAUAAGAUGUCCAUUGCGUCUCAGUAAUGUCAUUAAGAAUUGGUGGAGAUCGAUCCAAAGGUUUGUGGGGAUCAUAUUAAGAAGCAGAGUACUUCUCCACUAUCUACAAAGAUUAAAAAAAGGGCUUAUCAUGAACAAGGAUGGGACUAUUGACACCAAAAGUGGGUUAAUAUCAGUUAUAUGUCUGUUGAUGAAUAAGAAUUCCACUUCUUUCAAGUGGGGAACUCAUGUUUGGUUUGUCUUCUGUUGUUCUUAUCAAAAUGGACAAUAUCUAUAAAUAGUAAUGGGGCUUCUAAUUUACAUAACUUGAAACUAAGCAACUAUUAGUGAAUUGACGUCCUAAGAGAUUAUCCAUAAGUGUCUUUUACUAAGAUAUAAAUGAAUUCCAUAAGUUUUGAGGAAUUCAUUUUGAAAUGAAAUAUUUUUGUGUUUGGUAUUAAAAAGAAUUCAUUUUCAAUUCUAAAUUUUGAAUUCUAUGGAAUUGGAACUAGUUAUAGCAAUUCCGAGGAAUUGAGAUAGAAUUUCCAAAUGAAUUCCACAAGUAUUUACUAAUUAUAAUAGAAUGACAUGAUUAUCCUUUUUUAUUAACUAAAUUACUUAUACAUAUGACAUACCAAACACAGAAAUUCAUUUGACAAUGAAUUCUACACGAAACUUCAAUGAUUUGAAUAUAACAUACCAAACAUAGGAUUUUAUUUGACAAUGAAUUCUACACGGUAAUUCAUUUUAUAAUGAAAUCAAUUCUCGAUUCAUUUGGUACCAAACGGUCUGUAAGUGAUCUUAUAUAAGUUAAACUUAGUACAUGUGGAGUUAUAUUGUUUAUCUAAGCAUUUCGCUGAUAUAAAAUAAUAUAAUGCAGACUUCGUGUGAAAGGAAAUGUUGCGUUACAGGGACCAUAUAUGGAUCUUACUAAUCCUUUUUAAAUUGUGGGCAAAAUAUUUUAUCUAUUUGGACUCACCGUAAGUCAUCGUAUGAAAAACACCGGUGCUUUGAUCUGUUACAUUAAUCAAGCAAUGUUACGAAUCGUCACUUAUAGGGAGACAUGAAAAUUAGAAAUGCGAGAACUUGAAUUAAACCCUAAAUGAGCUUCUUGAUCUCCUUGUAAUUCAAAUCAUUCAUCAUAUCAUCAUAUGGGGAAAAAAAGAGUGUUUCUCUUGAUACCUAGUGAGGAAAAAGGAAGCAGCAUAUAUGGCCUAUGAUAUUGGAGGAUCACCAAUUUGACCUAUAGUAAUACCAAAGGUAGUGGCCCAAACCAUCUCCUCCUCUAGUAGAAACUAAAAGAUAUUCAAAUCCCAAGCUCAUGUCAAAUAAAUAUAUUGUUCCUCUUGAAGGGUACAUAAUGAAAAGUACUCUAGCGCCCCAGAAAGAAGGCAAAUUUCAUUUGGUGCUUGUCACAUUUUGGCCCCUUUCUAUCUAUUCCUCUGUCUCUCGCACGCAACGUUGCAAUCGCAUCUUUAGUUACGUAUGAUAACGAUACAUGGCCAGACUUUCUGUCACAAAUUACAAGGUUCGUGAUAAAGUUGAUGUGGUUGACCAAAUUAGUUACAUUAAUCAGUGAGUUUUAUGAAAUCUUCACUUAUAGGGAGACAUGAAAAUUAGAAAUGUAAGGACUUGAACUAAACCGUGAAUGACCUUUCUCACUCAGAAACCCUUGAAUUCAAUCAUUCUAUCUUAUAUGAAAAAAAGAGUAUUCUCUUGAUACCUAGUGAGGGGAGGAAAAGCAAUAUAUACCCUAUGAUAAUGGAGGAUCACCAAUUUGACCAAUAGAGAUACCAAAGAUAGUGGGGCAAAACAUAUCUCUCUUCCACUAGAAACCAAAAGCUAUUCAAAACCCAUGCUCAUAUCAGAUACAUAUAUUGUUCCUCUUGAAGGGUACAAUUGAAAAGUACCAUAGCUCCUAGCAAAGCAGGCAAUUUCAUUUGGUGCUUGUCACAUUUUUGGCACCUUUCUGUCUAUACCUCUGCCUCUCGCACGCAAUGUUGCAAUCGCUAUUUUUAAGUUAUGUAUGGUAAUGAUGCAUGGCUAGACUUCUCCAAAUACAAUUCCGAAAGUUACCAUGAGGUUGGUUUUGAUAUGGGUUUCAAUGAUUUAUUUCACAGUCUGUAUAUAUACAAAGUUUGGCAAAUCCCCACAAUAACGAUUGUUUUACACAUAAUAUAAAAUAUUCGAGUUGAUUUGGUUCGACGAAAUCUUCUCGUAGACAAAAUAAAAUGUUUGACAUAAAGAUCCACGAACGGUUCAACUUUUUUUUCCCUAACAAAAUUGGAGCUGUUAGGGGCGAGGUGCUCUUGAGAUACUUCAAAACAAUUCAAGCCGCUUGUUUUCAUUCGGGAUCCCAUAAGGUUAUCUCGACAUGUUCAUUGCAUAUUCAAGAAACUCGAAAGAGCAAGCAAAAUGUCACCAACAAAAUUCUCACUCGGAUGAUAAUCGUAAAAAUUAAAUCCAUUAAUAUACCGACCCAAUAUCUUAUCCGUUCGACCCACCGUUUGUGCUAUGUUCGAACCGAAAUAUAAGUUAUGACAAGGAUCAAGUACGUGCAUAAUUGAUGCAAAGUAAAAGUCUCAUACAAUGCCUGGAAACCCCCCCAUUUCGAGUGAAUCCUAUAUGCAUUAUUGCUCUUUGGAUGGUGAAUUGAGUUAUAGCUUUGCUGCAUCGGGCCAAUCUGUGUUUGUACAAAAACAGAGUGUUAUCAAAGAGUGAGAUGGGUUUGUUUGUCGCAAUUUCAUAGGUCGCCCUCCCUGGAAAAAGGCACUCGCAGUUUCAGUUUCCUGCAUUGGAAGAGUUCCACUAGCAACCAGUAAUGACUACUCCUAAAUGGCACAUGUUUUUGUCCGCCUCUAACUCUUGGGGCCAGUCCUACGUGGCCAAACAGAGAAAGCAAAGACAUCACUAAUUCAAACAACCAUGCUCCCAAAGUAAGGUAUACAAUAGCUCAACCUGUAGGCUUAAUCAUAUGAUGACAAAGACAGUCAAACUUAAUUAGUUAAAAGUUAUUUGAAGUUAAUCGAAUAUAUAGAUCUCGAACAGUUGAUCAACCGAAAGGAUAUGAUCAUUAACCUGCAUACAAAGUCAAAUCGUUUUGAUGUUUCGGUCGACCUUCUUCUGUCAUAUAAAACACAAACCACCUGUGGGUGCAGCUAUCUCCGCGGUUGAAGCAUGGCAACUUGGGAACGGACGAGGCAAGGCCGUUACAAGUCACACAAAUUGAAGCGCAUUACAUAUUGUCACUAAUUUGGUGAACCACAUCAAUAACGGGGGUCGAUCAAAGUUGCCCAUCAAUCUCCAAGCAACUUUUACUUAGAGUUUGACCACUAAAUCAAUAUUGGUGUCAUAUAUAAUACAAUCACAAAUUUCUACUGUUGUAGUCUUUCUUCUAUUAAAACCAAUGAUUGUGA